AGUUGUCUAACUGCCUGAGGACUCGAACAAUAACAGAUUGACCAAAUACAAAAGCGAUGGCAACAAUCAAGGGGGUCUCGAGUUUCAGUGCUGAGCAAGAAGCGCAGGGACUAAGGAAGGCCAUGAAGGGAUUUGGCACAGAUGAAGAUGCCAUCAUUGAGAUCUUGACCAAACUAAAUGUUUCCCAACGUCAGCAAGUUCUGAUCACGUAUAAAAGCAGUAUUGGCAGGGAUUUGAUUGAUGACUUGAAAUCUGAGCUGAGUGGGAAUUUUGAAAGGGUGAUCGUUGGUAUGAUGACUCCUACCACCAUGUAUGAUGUGCAUGAACUGAGGAGGGCUGUGAAGGGUGCAGGAACAGAUGAAGGUUGCCUGAUUGAAAUUCUGGCUUCUCGCACAAAUGAAGAGAUUCGGCGCAUUAAUGAGAACUAUAAGUGUCAAUAUGGCUGUACGCUCGAGGAGGACAUUGUCUCUGACACAUCUUCCCUGUUUCGAAGAGUCCUUGUGUCCCUUGCGACAGGAAAUAGAGAUGAGGGAACAUAUGUGGAUGAUGCCCUUGCUCAACAAGAUGCUCAGUGCCUGUAUGAAGCUGGGGAGAAGAAAUGGGGAACAGAUGAGGUGCAAUUUAUGGCCAUCCUCUGUACACGGAACAGAUGCCACCUACUAAGAGUUUUUGAUGUGUACAGAGGGAUUGCUAAUAAGGACAUAACGGACAGCAUUAAAUCUGAGAUGUCAGGAGACCUCGAAGAUGCUUUGUUAGCUGUGGUAAAGUGUGUGCGAAAUAAACCUGCAUAUUUUGCUGAAAGAUUAUAUAAAUCCAUGAAGGGCUUGGGAACAGAUGACAACACGCUGAUCCGAGUGAUGGUGUCCCGCUCUGAAAUAGAUAUGCUGGAUAUCAGAAGGGAAUUCCUGACCAUGUAUGGGAAAUCCCUCUACUCCUUCAUUAAGGGAGACUGCUCAGGAGACUAUAGGAAAGUUCUGCUCAGGCUCUGUGGUGGGGAGGAUUAA